AUGGUUACCAUGUUGGAAGCCAGACUCCAAACCCAGCAGAGGAACAGCCAGGAGACUGGCCUGUGGUCCUCAGGAUUUGGGAUGAAGCUGGAGGCUGUUACCCCAUUCCUGGGGAAAUAUCGCCCCUUUGUGGGUCGCUGCUGCCAAACCUGCACUCCCAAGAGCUGGGAGUCCCUCUUCCACAGAAGCAUAAUGGAUCUAGGCUUCUGCAAUGUGAUCCUGGUGAAGGAGGAGAACACCAGGUUUCGGGGCUGGCUGGUUCGGAGGCUCUGCUAUUUCUUAUGGUCACUGGAGCAGCACAUACCACCCUGUCAGGAUGCCCCACAGAAGAUCAUGGAAAGCACUGGGGUGCAGAAUGUCAUCUCAGGGAGGGCCCCAGGAGGGGCUGGGGAAGGCCAGGUACCAGGACUUGUGAAGAAAGAGGUACAGCGCAUCUUGGGCCAUAUUCAGGCUCCACUCCAUCCCUUCCUGCUCAGGCUGUUCAGCUGGGCACUGCUGCGGUUCCUGAACUGUGUCUUCCUGAACGUGCAGCUCCACAAGGGUCAGAUGAAGAUGGUCCACAAGGCCACCCAGGCAGGCUUGCCGCUUGUUCUCCUCUCUACCCACAAGUCACUCCUGGAUGGGAUCCUGAUGCCCUUUGUGCUGCUCUCCCAAGGCCUGGGUGUGCUCCGUGUGGUUUGGGACCCCCGCGCCUGCUCCCCCACCCUCAGAGCUCUGCUAAAGAAACUUGGGGGGCUUUUCUUGCCCCCAGAGGCCAACCUCACCCUGGACAGCUCUGAGGGGGUCCUUGCAAGGGCUGUGGUCCAUGCUGCUAUGGAGCAGCUGUUGGUGAGCAGACAGCCCUUGCUCAUAUUCCUGGAGGAACCCCCUGGGGCCCAGGGGCCUCGGCUGUCAGCCCUGGGCCAGACCUGGCUGGGAGUGGUGGUCCAGGCUGUCCAGAUGGGUGUCAUCCCGGAUGCCAUGCUAGUGCCAGUGGCUAUCACCUAUGACCUGGUUCCAGGUGCACCCUGUGAUGUAUACCACAGCUUGGUCCCACUGGGGUUGUGGACAGGAGCUCUGGCUGUCCUGCGGAGCCUAUGGGGCUGGGGCCGCAGCCCCAGGGUCUGUGUCCGUGUGCACCUAGCCCAGCCCUUCUCCCUACAGGAAUACACCACCAAUGCCAGAAGCUGCUGGGGCAGCAGGCAGACCCUGGAGCAGCUGCUGCAGCCCAUUGUGUUGGGCCAAUGUAACGUUGUCCCAGACACUGAGAAGGAGCAGGAGUGGACUCCAGCGACUGGGCCCCUUCUGGCACUUAAGGAAGAAGACCAGCUCCUGGUCAGGAGGUUGAGCCGUCAUGUCCUGAAUGCCAGUGUGACCAGCUCGGCAGUGAUGAGCACAGCCAUCAUGGCGGCCCUGCUGCUCUUUAAGCACCAGAAGGGUGUAUUCCUGUCUCAGCUCCUGGGGGAGUUCUCCUGGCUGACCGAGGAGACGCUACUGCGUGGCUUUGACGUGGGCUUCUCAGGGCAGCUGCGGUGCCUUGUGCAGCACACGCUGAGCCUACUUCGGGCACAUGUGGCCCUGCUGCGUGUCCAUCAGGGGGACUUGCUGGUGGUUCCUCGCCCAGGCCCAGGCCUCACACGCCUGGCACGCCUGAGCGCCGAGCUGCUGCCUGCCUUCCUGAGUGAGGCUGUGGGUGCCUGUGCUGUUCGGGGGCUGCUGGCGGGCAGAGUGCCAUCUGAGGGGCCCUGGGAGCUACAGGGCAUUGAGCUGCUGAGCCAGAAUGAGCUAUACCGCCAGAUCCUGCUGCUGCUGCACUUGCUGCCCCAGGACCUGCUGCUGCUGCAACCCUGCCAAUCUUCCUAUUGCUACUGUCAGGAAGUGCUGGACCGUCUCAUUCAGUGUGGGCUCCUGGUUGCUGAGGAGACCCCAGGCUCCCGGGCAGCCUGUGACACAGGGCGGCAGCGUUUAAGUGCAAAGCUACUGUGGAAACCGAGUGGGGACUUUACUGAUAGUGACAGUGAUGACUUCGAGGAGGCUGAGGGCCGGUACUUUAGGCUCAGCCAGCAGUCACGCUGCCCUGACUUCUUCCUCUUCCUCUGCCGCCUGCUUAGCCCACUGCUCCAGGCCUUUGCACAGGCUGCCACAUUUCUCCACCAGGGACAGCUGCCAGAUACGGAGUCCGGCUACACUGAGCAGCUCUUGCAAUUCUUGCAAGCCACUGCCCAGGAAGAAGGGUUCUUUGAGUGUGCAGACCCAAAUCUUGCCAUCAGUGCUGUCUGGACCUUCAGAGACCUGGGGGUGCUACAGCAGACGCCCAGCCCCGCAGGCCCCAUGCUCUACCUGUCCCCUACAUUCACCAGUCGGGAAAAUCAGGAAAAGCUGGAACAGUUCAUCCGGCAGUUCAUCUGUAGCUAG